AUCUCAGGGGUGCACGUUAAAGAAACAUGCAGAUUAUCUGGUCCCCCUCCAAAAAAGCCCCGGAUCCAUCGAAAGUUAAUGACCGUUUGUCCCUUUCCUUCUCCCCUAGUUCUUUACUUUCCAACCCCAACGGCCCUUUCUCUCUCAGUGGGAAAGAUGGAGAUUUGAAAUUAUGAAAACCCAGAACCCAAAUCCUUCUUCUUUUGCAGAAAUACGCAAUCUUUGAGAGACCCAGAGAAGGGAAAGAGAGAGAGAAAUCAUGGGUUGCUUUCUUGAAUGUUUUGGUUCUUCCAAAGACAACAAGCGCAGGAGGAAUCGGAGGUACAGGGUUCACCACCGAGACCAUAGACAUACAAGUUUCGAGCCUGUGAAAUCUGCUCUCUCCUCUGCACCGGAGGUUGAGGAAAAACCUAUUAGCCCGGCAUUGGAAGAAGUCCGGGACAAGCCAGUGGAACAACUGAGCUUCAGUACUCGAAAGAAAGUUACUUUUGAUUCGAAUGUUAAGACCUAUGAGCAUGUUUCGACCAACGAAACUACGGAUCCUUUGUUGGAUAGUAAAGAGAAUGGGAAGGAGGAGGAGGAGAAGAAUUUGGUAAAACCGUGCCAAUCUAAGUCUUCCUCUGAAGAUAGUUCGGUCACUUCCAGCUCAGGGUCAUACCCUCCUAACCAUCGGUACCAAAAUUGCAGGGAUAGCGAUGAUGAAGACGAAGUGUUAGGACUAUGAUGAGGACAGUGAUCUGGAUGAUGAAGAUGAGGAUGAUUAUGAUGACGAUGAUGGGGAACUAGAGUACGAAGAUGAAAUUGUAGAAUCAAAUAGAGGGGUUUCUACUCCUCAAGUAAUGACUGAGGAUUUUGAUAGUCCAAUGCCGAUGAAACUAGGUGGGUUGAACCACAGUGCACGCGAUAGGAGUGGUUAUGUUCAUUCGGUGCUAAACCCUGUUGAGAAUCUAACACAAUGGAAAGCUGUCAAAGCCAAAGGGACACCACUGAUGAAGCCUCAGAAAGAGAAUUUCACACAGGAUCAAGAACCCCGGAUUUCGUUCAGUUCAGAGCCAAGUUUGAGCUUUAAAACAAAAGCUGAUCAAGACAAGAAGCAAUCAAAGAAUCCCAACCAAGAAUUGGCAGUUGAUGCUAGCCUCUCGAACUGGUUGGCUUCAUCAGAACAUACGCCAGUUAACAAGGCCAGCACAACUGCUUUAGACACCUUCACGCCUGAGAAAAGCACGUCCCAUGGAUCAAACUCAGCAAGAGGCCAUCAAGAUAGACCAAUUUUAGGUGCAUUAACUGUUGAAGAGCUCAGACAAUUUUCAGCCUCAUCUUCACCAAGGAAGUCACCGAGUAGAAGCCCUGACGAGAUGGCCAUAAUAGGGUCCGUUGGAACAUACUGGAAUCACAGAGCUCCUUCUCCCGCUGCUAAGAGUUUGGGUGCCUCGUCUUACAAAGGAAUACCAAACUCAACCAGCAAAUACAGAUAGGUAUUUGUGAGGCUCCUUCGAUUAGGUCUUGACGGGAGAGUGAAUUGGCAUUGUACCCCAUUCGAGACAAGGUUGGAAAGAGCUUUGAACAAAGGAGGUGCUGCUGAAUAUGAUUGAUGAGAUUCUUUUUCUUAAUUACGGAAACAAGAUUGGUUUGUGAUUGUUGUUGUCCGCUGAUGGUGAUGUCUAUUCUUUUAAUUCUUUUGUGAAUUAUGAUUUUGUUUUCUGUGUGACGCUUGCCUGUUGUAAUAUUUGGUUUAAUCAAAGAGACUUGCUUGAAUUUA